AUAGCUGGGGAAAGCUGGAGGCUGUGGCUAUGGUGAAACAGCGGCAGCGACUGCGCGCGGUAUGGGGCGUGUUUCCCCGUGGGAUGCUCUUACGGGCAGUCGUCCUUUCUGAAGGUCUGAUCUUUCUCUUGGUUGUGGGUUUCUCCGAAUGCGUCCGCGUGGUGGACGGGGAAGCACGCGCAGAGAGAACUACUGACUCUGAGGGGAGACGGAGCGAAACAUCGCUCUUCGCUGAGAAUGCCUUCGUUCUGAUUCGGAAUUCUGCCGGCAAGAAAGAGUCUUCAAGAUCGUUGCUCGCUGCUGGUACGCAGCCAGGCCUUCCGUCUUUAACUGUCCUGCAGACGGACCUGGUCGUUAAACUACGAGUCACGCUGAGACACGUGGCAGAAUAUCCUUUCCAGACGCCAAACAGUGCCACCGUAUGGUGCGGACACACCAUCCGCGACGUAGUCCUCGAUCCCGUCGACCUCAUCCUCUAUUACGUUCUUCGGGAGGAAUGCGAGCGCCAGACUGGCGUCGAAUCCACGGUAACACAUGGGCGGGUGUCGUACCGAAAGGCGGCCUUGUGGAACAUCAGUGCCGAUGGCCUCGUUAAGGAGGAGGUGAUCAGCUACUGGUGGAACGCGAGCGUGCCAGAGGGCCCGGCCGCUUCUGCUCCUAUUUUUGUCCUCGAUCCCGAAACCAACUCUUCCAUGGACAUGGUUAUGGCCAAUGGCAUGGAUCUCUCCCCUUCCCGCUCCCACCUCGUCGCGGGUGUGCGAAUGCCCAGAGAAAAGUCGGAUUUGGUGCUCCUUUCUGUUGCCGAUGGCAGUCGUUUGGCCUUCCCGUCAAAGGCGGACGCUCUCGGGAGCUUGGCGUUCAGCCCCGACAAGAGUCACCUGUACACAGUAGAUCGUUACGAACCGACGAUUCGCCUAGAGUCCGCAGCGGUGGCAGCUGGUCCCGACGGUCUUCCUCUGAGUGCAGCCACUUCUUUCGAGCUGGAGGCAAGCUUUACCCAGAAUGGGAACCCGAACAUCACGGACAUGACGUUCGGUUCCCAGAGCUUCGCUCCAGACGGAAGCUGUCUUUAUUUCCUGGACUCCGCCUUCAGGAGAGUGUGGGCGCUCGACCUCUCAUCAACACCGAAGACGCCGAUUCUGGUUGCAGGUACGGACGAGGCAGGGAUUCAGGACGGGGAUCCUUCGAUGGCAAAGUUCGAGUAUCCGCGAGAGUUGGCCGUGACAUCGGACGGAUGCAAUCUCUUUGUGUCUGAGAGGAGCGGUUUUCUGCGAUGGAUCGAGCUCGAGCAACCGUGUGGAAGAGCUCGGAGCGUGCACACGGUGGUCAGAUACGGCCCCGGAGGGUUUCGAGGACUGGCGCUCCGUAGCAACGGCACUCAACUGUACGUCUACUUGGGUUCGAACGAUGGCCACCUCUUCGAGGUGGAGAUCAAGCAGGACCUGCUGCCAGUAUGCGGACCGCUGCCUUCAUCGUCGUCGUCCCAGCCAUCGCCGCUAUCCUCCGAGUCCCCCCCUUCCUCCUCUCACUCCUUUCCCAGCUCUACAGCCACGCCUUCCUCCUCUUACUCCCCUCUUUCCACGUCUUCGUCCUCUGCCUCCUCUCCUUCGUCCACACGUCCUUCCUCCUCCGGUUCCUCCGGAGGUCGCAUGGUUCUCCUCGUCGUCCUUCCGAUUGUGUCCGUGUCAGUUGUGGCUCUCGUUGCUGGCGUGCUGUUUGUUGUCUGCCGGCGGCGCAGAGAGGACGGAGUCACGCAGUCAUCAGCUCGAAGCCAGGCUUAUAAAGGGCAGCAGCAACCGUUCUCUACUGGGUCCAACACCGAGGUGCCGGUGAGCAGUUCGGCUGGAGUGCUGCAAUCCGGGGAGGACUCUCUCAUCUUUCCACCUCAUCGCCGAGCGGACGAUGGCCUCCACCCUACCGCGGUGAGACCAUUCCCCCUCCGCGACCUUGAACAGUGCACGAAGAACUUCGAUUCCAGCUAUCGGAUUGGCGAAAAGGGCGCGUUUGGCGCAGUGUAUUGGGGUCAUAUCGGUGGGGCGGAUCUGGCAAUCAAGGUGAUGGACGGGCGAUUGACAGAGUCGGGACGGAGGCAGUUUGUUGCGGAAGUUAACACUCUCAGCCGCCUUCAUCAUGGCAAUCUUAUCGAGCUCGUCGGCUACUGUGACGAGGGAAGCAAGUCCAUACUGGUGUACCCCUUCUUCCCCGGCAGUAGCUUGCACGCCCGCCUUCACAACCGGCAGACCAUUCGCGCUCAAGCCCCCGUUCCUCCUCUGACGUUGCUGGAGCGCGUGUCCGUCGCGUUGCAGAUCGCGGAAGCUCUGCGAUAUCUCCAUUUCGGCGCGAAUCCCGCGGUGAUUCAUCGCGACGUCAAGAGCUCAAACGUUCUUCUGUCGGGUGGCGCUGGGGACAACCUCCGCGCUGUCCUCGCAGACUUCGGCCUGGCGACGAUCGUCGAGAAAGUAUUCCAGACGAAGGUGGACGUGACUGUGCAAACUUUUCACAUUUCCGGCACGCAUGGGUACAUGGCGCCGGAGUUACUGAAUGGGAGAUUGUCCGUGAAGAGCGACGUGUACGCUUUCGGAGUCGUCGUUCUGGAGCUGUUGACAGGUAAGCGGGCGAUAGUGCCGGGAUCCGAACCUGGAAGUGAAUCGUAUCAGCUUGUUUUCUGGGUGAAACACGCCUACAAUGAUACGAGAUUGGACCUCGUUCGAAGCGUUCUUGACCCUUCGUUGCUGCCCGAAGUUGGGAGGAGUGAUGCUCUCAUGAACUCGAUGAUGAAGGCCAUCUCGUUGGCGAUGGAAUGCUGCUUGGAGGACGAUAAAUCCAGGCCGACGAUGACCUCUGUCCUUGAUAGAAUGACAACCAUCGUGUCCGACCAGACUGUCGAACACAUCAAGAAAUCUCAGGAAGCUAUGAUUGCUUCUGAGAACAAACGUCGCCGACAAUCCAUAUUUCAGGUAGGGGAACGUGUCUGGGUCAAGGCUACAAGAAUGCAAGGUCAGCAGCCAAUGACGCUACUUCACACUCGGAAACUGAAGGAAUUGACUGACAAACGAGUUAGCGAGGAGGAGCGAAAAGACGCAGCUGCAGUUACGAUCCAAUCUUUUGCGCGAAGAUUCCUUAGCGCGAAGAGGACGAGUCGAAUGCGUCAGUUGCUUCAGGUGCGGAGGAACUCUGCUGCCAGUGAGAUAGCUAUUGCUGAUAUUGGAGGCAUGUGGAGAGCACCAAGCGUCUUCCAGUGGGAAAGAGAGAAGGCAAAGAAGAUGCGCAAGCGACAUUCUGACCCUGACAUCAGCUUGCAGAGCGCUUCGCGGUUUGACAGAGAGGCGGGCAGGAGACGCAGCACUGGCAAUGUGGCCUCCACUAUUGCAGAACAGAUACCAGAGGUUGAAUCCCCUCCCUCAUCAGCGGUCGGGGGUGGGUCCAAGAGUAGAAGCCCUAACCUGAUGGUAAUCGGUCAUCAUGCGGCAGCAAUGAUGGAGUUCAGUGCCAGUCAGAAAACCCUUGAGGGAGACGAGAAGACAGAGCAAACAAUCAGCAUUGUCGAACAUCGUACAAAGGAAUGGGUACCCCGAGAUGUACUCUCGAGCGCUAGCUCAGGAGGAUCGCAGCCACCAGAGCAUGGUCCCGACGGCAAAGAUCCUUUGCAGUCUAUUGGUCUCGACACGUCGAAACAUAGAGAAGGAAGCGUGUCUGCUUCCUUGGUGGAGGGCCAGAGUAGCGCACCACCAGAUGUCUCCUGGACAAGGGCAUCGAAAACCGAGGGCCACCCAGCAAGUCCAUUUGAGCAAGGCGCAGCAUUCUUGGACCAAUUUUCACCGUCGUCCUCGCCGUCAUCACCAGGUAGUAUCAAACGAGAUGUUCCAAUCCAUUACUACGAUGAUGAUGAUGAGGCAACCAGCGAAGGAGGCGGUAGAAUGACACAAAUCUCCACGGGCACGGCAAUCAGGGGUCCUGAGGACCAAGGGGUACUGACUGCGAUUGAUGAUGUUGUGUCCAGCGCAGCGGAAAUCUCAAGGUUUGGGGACGGGGACACUGCUGCCAUAAAGAUGCCCCCCCCCCCUUCUGCAACCGAGAUUCCAGUCACAGAACUGCCAUCGGAUACAGGCAAUACCGUGGCUGCUGGGACGCCCGUUUCUCCAGCAACAGACAUUCAAACCGCAGGGGUCCUCCCUGCUGCGGGCAACAACCCUCCAGCGGAGGUAGCGCCUUUGGAGACAGCCCAGCCACAGCCAAUCAGGCCGCAAAGGGCGUCAUUGUCCAAAGUGGAAAAUGCAGCCAUUCAAAUACAGGCGCACAUGCGUGGGCACUUGGCUCGUAAACGGACCUCUAAAUUUUUGCAAGUCGCUAAGGCGAAAAGGAAAAGCCAGGCAGCCAUAUUGGAUACGGCGGGAGCUGAAGCCCGCGACGUAGAGAUGACACCAAAAGAACCAGUCCCAGACCUGGUUCCAGAACCAGUCGUAAAGGUGGUCCCGGGGGAGGUCCAAGAACCAGUUGCAGAGCUGGCCCCGCAGCCGGUCCCACAGCCGGUCCCACAGUUGGUUGCGCAGCCAGCACAAUCUGCCCCACAAGAGGUCCCGGAGAUGGUCCAAAAGCAUGUCCCAGAAUCAGUCCCAAGUGAACAGCCAGCCCAAGAGCCAGUUCCAAACGCAAUCAAGCAGGAGAUUCCAGAGCCAGCCCCGCAGCCAGUCCCAGAACCAGUAGUUGAGCAAGUCUCUGAACCGAUCCCAGCAGCAGCUGCCGUGGCAGAACCAGGUGCUGAUACUACAGCGACAGCUGUUCCCAAGCGGGAUGGAGAGCCCACAGUGACUACAGACGCCAUCGACGCUUCCAAACGCAAGAAUAGUCAGCACGCAGCUGCAACGCUGAUCCAAAAACAUGUGCGAGGUUACAUGACCAGGAAGAAAAGCUUCAUGGCACCUGCAGCCAAGGCUCCCCACAAGGAUGAUCAGCAAGCCUCUUGGGCUCGGUUCUGAGUCAGGAGAUUGGCGCUGGCACGACAUUAACAGGUCCCUUGCUCGAUUGAAUUCAGAAUGUCUCACGAGUCACGACUAAUGGUGCUCUGUGCUGAAUCUCCCGACUCCGCCCAAGACUGCAUGUGCUUUUGUGGGGGUUGAUGGCAGGGACCAUUAGGUUUUCGCAAACAUAGCGCAGAUUAGACGAAAUGCGGCUUAUAGCUCCAUUGACCGAAAUGGAUGGUUGUAAUGAAGUUGGAGGUUCAAGUACACGUCGAAACAAGGUGAAAUAAAAUGAUAGAGUCAGA